UCUGCUCAGGCAGGCAGGCGCAGGCAGCAGGCAGCAGGGGAAAGCGCAUCCUCAGAGAGAUCUGCUGGAAACAUGAGCAUCAGGGGAACCUAAACGCAUUCCUCUGCUCCGGUCGGAUGAUUCGACAACUUCAUGUGUUUUGCGUUAUCCUCCACAGGACAUAGGAGAAGACGACGCAGGCGUCGGGCCGCGCAGGAAAGACACACGCCGACAUCAUCAGCCGCCGCUGCGCCGUGUGAGGCGAGGUCAUCGCAGAGUCUGCCACGGUUGGUAUGAUCCCGUGUGCCUUCAUCCCAAUCUGAAGCUCUGACACACCUCAAGACCACCUUAAUCACUGCCACCAACCUCAGCCAUCUCUGCAUCCAGUGCUAUCAUCAAUACCUCAGGGAGGAUGUGAAUAGGAGAAGACGGACCGAGGGUAGAAAACCCCAAUAAAUCCAACUAAGAACGGAAGUGGGAUCACAUGGAGGCUAUGGACUGACGGGUCAACUGAUACCAGAUCGCACUGGCUUUGCUUGGAAGUUGACAAUGGUGUUGUUUCUGAUUGGGAUCUCUAUUGCCGUGAAUAAUUCAUCUCAUGAGAACCAAACUGCAGAAAACCCCACCCAUCAGGGUGCUCAUGUGCUGCCCUCAACACUGGUCAUAUCCCUGCUCCUUAUCGUCAUUGUCCUGCUGACGAUCUACUGUCUGAGGUUCAAAAACCACAGGAAAGCUCUAGUUACCUCGGUGGAUAAGAAGAUUCCGAAUGGCUUCUUGGAGGAACAAGGAGAGCAGACAGUGGUCCUUCUCCCCAGAUCUCCCUCACCAUCCAAGAGGUACUUCCCCAUCCCCCUGGACUCGCUGGAGGAGGAGUACCGAAUACGCUCCGCAGAUGACGGCAAGCUCUUCAGAGAAGAGUUCAAUUCGCUGCCGUGUUACUACCACCAUGGGUCCUUUGAGGAGGCGAGCAGAGAGCACAACAGAGAGAAAAACAGAUACCCAAACAUUUUACCAUGGGAUCAUUCAAGAGUGAUGUUUGAGUCAGAUGGACAUCUGUGUUCCGACUAUAUAAACGCAUCUUACAUAGACGGUUAUAAAGAGAAGAACAAAUUCAUUGCAGCUCAAGGCCCGAAGCUGGAGACGGUGGCUGACUUCUGGCGGAUGAUUUGGGAACAGAAAACGGCAACUAUAGUAAUGCUGACCAAUCUAAAAGAAAGGAAAGAGGAAAAAUGUUACCAGUAUUGGCCAGAAAAAGGCUGCUGGAUGUACGGGAAUGUCAGGGUGGCAAUGGAGGACUUCACUGUGCUGGUGGACUACACCAUCAGAAAAUUCUGUGUUCAGUAUCAGGGCAGCGAUGGUCCUCGGGCUCCCCGACUGGUCACCCAGCUCCACUUCACCAGCUGGCCAGACUUCGGGGUGCCAUUCUCACCCAUAGGCAUGCUGAAAUUCCUCAAGAAGGUCAAGGCUGUUAAUCCAUCCUAUGCUGGACCCAUUGUUGUGCACUGCAGCGCUGGGGUUGGGAGGACUGGGACGUUCAUUGUCAUUGACAGCAUGAUCGACAUGAUGCACAUGGACCAGAGGGUGGAUGUCUUCGGCUUUGUGAGCAGAAUACGAGAACAGCGCUGUCAACUCAUCCAGACAGAUAUGCAGUACUCCUUCAUCUACCAGGCUCUGCUGGAGUACUAUCUGUAUGGAGACACCGAGCUAGAUGUGUGCUCUCUAGAGGGCCAUCUGCAGAGGCUUCACAACACCAGGGCUCCCCACGACAGGCUGGGCCUGGAGGAGGAGUUCAGGAAGCUGACCAACGUUCGCAUAAUGAAGGAGAACAUGAGAACUGGGAACCUCCCUGCCAACAUGAAGAAGAACCGUGUGCUUCAGAUCAUUCCGUAUGAUUUCAACCGAGUAAUACUCUCAGUGAAAAGAGGACAGGAGUUCACCGACUACAUCAAUGCCUCCUUUAUUGAUGGCUACAGGCAGAAGGACUAUUUUAUAGCAACCCAGGGCCCCCUGUCUCACACAGUGGAGGACUUCUGGAGGAUGGUGUGGGAGUGGAGGUGCCAUUCAAUCGUUAUGCUCACCGAACUCAAAGAGAGGGAGCAGGAAAAGUGUUUCCAGUAUUGGCCAUCAGAGGGCAGUGUUACAUUUGGAGAUUACACUGUGGAGCUGACUGGCGAUACACUGUGUGAAACCUUCACUCUGAAAGACAUGGUGCUCACCUACAGACCAGAAAAGCAGUCACAACACGUCCGACACUUCCACUUCCACGGAUGGCCUGAGAUCGGAAUACCAGCCGAGGGAAGAGGAAUGAUUGACAUUAUUGCCGCUGUGCAGAGGCAGCAGCAGCAGUCUGGAAACCGUCCCAUAAUUGUGCACUGCAGUGCUGGUGCAGGUCGGACCGGUACCUUCAUUGCCCUCAGUAACAUUCUGGAGAGGGUGAAAGCCGAAGGCCUCCUGGACGUUUUUCAGACAGUCAAGAGUUUACGCAUGCAGAGACCACACAUGGUUCAGACUGUGGAGCAAUACGACUUCUGCUACAGAGUGGUUCAGGAUUUUGUUGACAUUUUCUCAGACUAUGCCAAUUUUAAAUAAUGCCUGUCAGAUACUGUUCUGUAUACUUUGGUCAAAUUAACUUAUGCAAUUUUUUUCUGAAUGUUGUUUUCUAAAGCAAGCUCUUUUUACAUUUUGCACAGAUAGAAAAAUUGUUUUAACAUUACUGUAAAAUAAUUGAAAACAUCUGUGGGGUCUCUUUCAGGAAUGUUUGAUCUUCAAGUAUCAUAAUGUAAAAUAUAGAAAUUAAUAGUUUUAUGUUGCGUAAAUGCAACAUUGUUAGAAUCAGUAAUUCAAAAAUUGUAUUCCAGUCACAUACUAUUGUGUGUGUAUAUAUAUAUUUAUAUAAAUAUAUAUAUAUAUAUAUAUAUACUAUAGUAUGUAGUAUUACUCGCUACCUGAAAUUCAUCACUAAUGUUUUGUAGAUUAUAAUAUACAUUCUUUUAUUUCGGUUUUAUUUUGUUACUGACCACAAUGCCUUUGGUUUACCUAUUACUCUUGUAUUUUAUGUAUUUUCUGCUGCCCCACUCAACAUGCCUGAUUGCUAUGAGGAGAAUAAAUUGUUUGUUUGAUAAGUAGGAUAAAAUGAUUAAUGCUUUUGCUAAAGGAUGUUCUGUCUGACAUGUGUGAAUAAUAUUUAUGAUUUGCUUUUAGUGGCUCAAACAAAAACAUAAAACUCAAGAUACAUUUCGUUCUGUUAGACGCUGCAAAUUACCUCACCUCUGUUCUGUGAAUAACUUAACAGCUGCUGCCUGUUGCAAUUUUAUUAAACUUCACCAACUUUCCUUUUUGCCUGUGGCAAUAUUACUUAGUGGAUUGGCGCCUGACGCUGCAAAAUGCAAUUAGCCCACAUUGGAACAGGCAGAAAAUAAUGUAUUAUUACGUGAAUCCAAAUGUAUCAUUCUUACAGAUGUUUUGCAGCCAAGUUUCACAUCCUGCUUAGAAAUAAAAAAGCAAACUUUACACUCGCAUGUUUGCAUAAAGCAGUGCCAUAUUGAUUAGAAAACAGUUCUAAUCAUGAAAAACUUGUCACCAAGUGACACCAUUUUAAUAAAGAUAAGCCAGAUGUUUGUUUAAUUUAGAUAUAAUAGAUACAUUUUUAAAAGUGUAUUGUUUUUUGAAUGUUGGUCUCAUGUAUGGAUCAUCAUUUCAUUGUUUAUACAAACACUUCUCAGAAUAAUAUAAGGAUAAUAAAUGUAUCAUAAUUUUAGUUUAGUGUGCAAAUGAGAAGAAAAACUGUGUAGAAAUUUGGGUUUAAAUGAAAUAGCUGAUCAUUGAUGCAGCUGAACCUUGUUCAUCCCGACAGAAUGAGAUGAAAAAUGUCCUGGACAGUGAAAAGCAUUGAGAUCAAGAGCGAGUGCUCAGCCAAAAAUACGAAACGUGCAUGCACAGAUCAUGAUAGUUAGUCUUAGUUUCAUAUUUAAACAAGGAAAACCCAACAUUGCUGCAAAGUCCAAAGCGUAUAUUUUUGCUGACUUCUUUGUAGAACAGUGAGCGUGGAAGUCUUAGGCUUUGGUGAAUAGCUUUCUACUGUGUUUGUACUGCCAUAAUUAUACUGUCAUAAGAUGGGUUUCUAUAUGACACACUGGUCAUUUUAUUCGUUUAUUUAGUGUACAUAAAUUCUUGUGGUCAUUAAUCAUCACUAAUGCAGUAAGCAUUGUUGACUUCUUUUUAAUGUAUUGUCAUGCGGAAAGAAUAAGAGACGGGGGGUAAUGACAGUGAGGCCUUGCAGCUGAUGUAACAUAAAUGCACAAGCAUCUUAUUUCAAUGAUGUUUCUGCCUUUCGAAUCUGUAUGGAUUUGAACUACUAUUUGUUUG